UAUUUUAUUUUCUGAAAUUACCCUAAAUUGGUAGAAAAUAGAAAUCUCGACGCAGAACGACCUCAGCUUGACCCUUCACCCUUCUUUACUAACCCUCCUUUGCUUUAAGGCUAUGGCCACUGCCCAAAACGGCACCGUCACAGCAACCACCAUCACCGACGCAAACAAUUCGACUCAGGAACCGGCCACCGCCCUCGGAGCCACGACUGCUGAGAAGAGAUGGCCUGGUUGGCCUGGGGAGUGCGUGUUCCGGCUGAUCGUGCCGAUGGGCAAGGUCGGCAGCAUCAUCGGUCGCAAGGGUGAGCUCGUCAAGAAGACCUGCGAAGACACACGCGCCCGCAUUCGCGUCCUCGACGCCCCUCUCGGCACUCCCGAUCGAGUUGUACUGAUAACUGGGAAGGAAGAGCCAGAGGCAGCUCUUUCCCCUGCAAUGGAUGCUACGAUAAGAAUAUUUAAGCGUAUCUCUGGGUUAUCUGAAACUGACAGUGACAACAAAGGAUCUGCCGGGGUUGUAUUUUGUUCCAUCCGCUUGUUGGUGGCAUCAACACAAGCUGUCAAUUUGAUUGGAAAACAAGGAUCGUUAAUCAAAUCUAUGCAGGAGAGUAGUGGUGCUUCUAUUAGGGUAUUGUCAGCAGAUGAGACGCAAUUUCAUGCUGCUACCACGGAUGAGAGGAUUGUGGAACUUCAGGGAGAAGCCUUGAAAGUCCUUAAAGCUCUGGAAGCAGUGGUUGGCCACCUAAGAAGGUUUUUGGUUGAUCAUAGUGUUCUUCCUCUAUUUGAGAAACCUUACACCGCCCCAACCACACAACCCCAUCAAGCAGAGACCUUGGCCGACAAGUCAUUGCAUAUUGCUUCUCAAACUAGCAUUUUUUCAGAUAUUUCUCUUCCAACGAAAAGGGAUUCUGUCUUUGCUGAUCGUGGAAGUCUUUUGGACUCAUUACUUCCUUCCUCCACUGUGUCUGUCUACGGGCAAGAUUCUUCACUUUCUGCUGUUCGAUCUUCGGCACUUACUCCACUUAGUCGUGCUGCUGCUCCUAUUGUUAGUACGGUAGUACAAACCAUGCAAAUACCAUUGUCAUACGCGGAGGACAUCAUUGGUGUUCAAGGGACUAAUAUUGAAUACAUUCGUCGAACUAGUGGAGCGAUAUUGACUGUGCAGGAGAGCAGGGUGCCUGAUGAAAUUGUUGUGGAAAUAAAAGGCUCCUCAUCUCAAGUUCAGACGGCAGAGCAAUUGAUUCAGGAAGUGAUAAGCAACCACAAAGAUCCUGUUGCAAGCAGUUAUGGAAGAGUAGAUGCAGGUUUGAGGUCUUCGUACGCUGCAGUGGGCGAGACAGGUUUGGGGUCUUCAUACUCUACGGUGGGAGACACAGGUUUGAGGUCUUCAUACGCCACACUGGGCGAUGUAGGUUUGAGGAAUUCAUACUCUACGGUGGGCACUGCAUCACGCCCUGCACCGUCCUUGACUUCACAACCUUACUCAGGUUAUGGAGCUUCUAGUUUAGGAGACUAUAGUACUUUCAGACUUUAAAUUGAUCUCCUUAUGUUUCAAGUGUAGACUCCAUUGGACUAGUUUCUUUGUAAUUGAGUCUGAUUGAAGAGAAUUAAUGCCUGAAUCGAAUGCGACUCAGUUGUAUUAUGAAGCGUCCGAAACGGAUGUUUUAAAGUUGUCUGGUAUUAUCAUCUUGUAUCGUCGGUAGUUUUAAAGGUGGCUUAUAGUUGAGUGUGCCAUGGAAAAAUGUAAUGAUAUUCUAGCCUUUUCUUAACAUUAUUUUGUUGUGUA